ACAGUUUCGGUGGAUUAAGAAGUUUGGACGGAGCUAAUUCGCGAAAUACUUCGCCAUAAAAGGUAUCUUCACCAUGGAUAUAUACGACGUGCACGAAGAUUUGGUAAAGACACUUUACAAGGCGCAAAAAAUACUGGGGUACUCAAAAGAAUUCAACGAAAUCGUGGAAAAUCAUGGGAAAGUGAAUUACAUCGAGAAUCUUCUCAUUACCUACCAGCAAAUUCCCAAGCUCGAACUCAGAUUUCAGCUGAGAGUGAACAAAAACAAUGACAAAUCCUUGCAAUUCAGAAAAGAAGGUAACCAGUUCUUCAGUUUAAACUCCAAAGACUACUUCAAGGCUCUGGAGCUGUACAAUAAGAGCAUUUGUUUUGCCGAAGAAGAUUCUGAAAACCUAAGUAUUGGUUAUGCAAAUCGAUCUGCAAUUCUAUUCGAAUGGAAGCGGUAUCGGGAGUGCCUUGAGAAUAUUCAACUAGCACGAGAUGCGAACUAUCCCGAAAGGUUGAGACAUAAACUUGAUGAGCGUGAGAAAAAGUGUUUGGACUUGCUAUCGACCCAGACGGAGGAUGCUAAGCCGUAUGAAUUUCAGCUGGUGUCCCGGCAUCAUGAAAAAGUACCUUUCAUUGCGGACUGUCUAGAAAUGCGAUCUUCUGACGAAGAAGGCCGUUACAUAUACACAAAGAAAGAUCUUCGUCCUGGUGAUCUGGUCGCAAUAGACGAUCCAUUCUGCACAAUUUUACUACCACCCGUGCGUUACAUCCGCUGUGCCAACUGCACGAAGGAGAACUAUCUAACGCUUAUCCCCUGUCCGAAUUGUACGAGUGCAAUGUUCUGCAGCAAAAAGUGUUUGGAGGAGGGCACUAACUCCUUUCAUCAGUACGAAUGCCCCAUCAUCGACUUCUUGUUCACUCUUUUUAACAAAAUACACUUGAUUGCUCUGCGAGUGAGCUUAGUUGCGCUUUCACUAUUUGGAACAGUCGACGAACUAAGGGAAUUUUGCAACGAACCCUGCAAUCAGAACCAAAGCGCUUUUGAUCUUAAUUAUCAAAAGUUCAGCAAACGAGAACAUUACCGAGCUAUUCAUGGACUAGUCACCAACCAGGACAAGCGCUCAGUUUCGGAUUUCUUUCAACGGGGUACCAUAGCGGCGGUGUUAAAGCGAUUCAUGAUUCAUCGAACGCCACUAAAAGAUAUUUUACAUGAUGAGGACAGUGUGAAUUUCUUCACUGAUUUGCUUUUCCGACAUUUGCAAACGGCUCCUUCCAAUAUGCAUAGCAUUUCCCUAAUCGAACAAAAGGAUGAAGCAAAAGAUGACUUUUCGUUUGCAUCGGGUGCCUUUGGAUUCGCUAGUCUCUUGAAUCAUUCAUGUGCUCCGAAUACUGUACACAUUUACAGCGGAACAAAACUGCUUCUCUUCGUUCUGCGGCCGAUACCAGCGAACAGUGUAUUAUAUGAUAAUUAUGGCUAUCACUAUGCAACGCAACCUAGAGACGUUCGGCUUAAGAAUCUCGAAAUGCAGUAUAGCUUUCGGUGUACAUGUGAAGCAUGUACAGGGGAUUAUCCAUUAUUUCACAAUCUUGGAGCGCAUCCGAAGGUUCCGGAAGCAGUGAAGGGAAGAGAUGUAUAUUCUCUCAUGGAAUUCGACAGGCAAUUCGCAAAGGAUAACUUCAAGAGAUAUGCAGAAUUUCUGAAAGCAUAUCAGUCAUACUAUCCAUGCGCACAAAUCGGCGCUACUGAAGAAAGUUUUAAGAUGGCUCUGAACAUUUUGGUGGACGCGAUACCAUUAAAAGCAAAAGCUGCUAAAAUGUAGUUAAUGCCUAGGCAUGAUCAAAAAUGUACAGAAUUGAAUAAAACCCAAUUUCUUUCCUUUUUGUUAA